AUCCUUUCUCUCCUUGUGAUUGGCUAGAUGUUCAAAGGUCCUAACCAGGAUAUCCAUGUCAUCUUCACUGGAGGCCCGUGUCACGCGUUUCUGGAAACCAACAAGGAGUAUCUCUUCACAGGCAGGCUGAAUACUGAUGGAACAGUGCAUGUAAUAAUGUGUGACUUCAUUCAGUCCUGGGAGGCUUUGAGUGACACACAAAUGAGGAGCUUGACUCUGCUCUACCAGAGCGGCUGCGAUUGCAAGAUCAUCCGCUGCAAUUCCCUUCCCUGUCCGAUCAGCGCCCCAGAUGAGUGCCUGUGGAUGGAGAUUGGCCAAAGUGGACCCUGGGACAACAACAUUGCCUGUAUCGAGGGGGGUGAUGGGUCCUGUGCCUGGUACAAGGGGAUGGCACCUUCCAAGAAGUAGUUUCUGGAUAUUGAUGACCCCUAAACUCUACAGGCCAUCUACUCACAGAAAAAAGCUACAACCCUAAAUUAUGAUUAAAUGAAUCUAGGAGGUAGUUUACAACAAUUAAUUACAGGACCAUAUUGACUUGUGAAGUUGUGAUGUCACUGAGGACAGGUUGCAGGAAAUGGUCAAUGUGAUAGAGAGCAACAAUCUUAUGAAAAUACCAACUUGUAAAUUACAUUAAAAUAACU